UAUUGGAGUGCUACAGGUGAGAAGCCGCACGUUACCAUGGCAUCAUCCUGGUGCUCCCAGCCAAUGAUGAUGACGAUGGUGAUGAUGAUGAUGAUGAUGGUGAUAAUGAUGACUAUCUUCCCCCUUCUUGCUGUUGCUGCUAGAGGAGUUGAUGUGGCAGAUGAUGUAAACAAUGGGCCCUGGAUGGAGCAUAUUGACGACAUCACCAAAGACAGACCAACUGAUGAAGGGCCCAGAACUGAGCAUAUUAUCAAAAAACGUCGUGCAAAAGAACUCAAAGAGUGUCCUGCGUUCACCCCGAAGUUCAGCCACGGCGUCGCUACUGUCAGCGAGAAUGAUCCCAAGAGAGCAACCAUCACCUGUAAUCAAGGCUACGAGCUCACGCCCCCCGACAACGCCACGUUAAUCUGUACAAGGCAUAAGUGGUUACCUGAGGACGGUGUUUACAAGACCUGCCUGCCGAAGUGCUCGCCUCCCUGUCCUGAUAAUGGUACCUGUGUCGCUCCGGAUGUGUGUCAAUGUGGUAAUUCCUCUUGUGCCCCGAGGAUCAAUUGCCCGAAGGAGGUCGAUCUGGUUGUGGAAAAUGCAGACCAGAUUAUACCAGGGUCCAUCGGAGGGGCACUAGGGAUCUGCAUCUCUGGGUACGAGGUCUCCCCAGGGGCGUCAGAAUUCUUGGUUCCUUGUAUCGGCAACAACUGGACUCUGCCCACUGAUCAAGACGGCCACCCCAUCACCUGUCAUCCCAUCUGCUUCCCAUCCUGCCGUAAUGAAGGGGUCUGUGUGGCCCCAAACAAGUGCAAGUGCCCUUCAACCACCCGUGGCACCUUCUGCGAGAGGCUGGCAGGGAGUGAGUGCACAGGGCGACCCAUUACUCCUAAAGGAAUGAACUUAAGUGCCUGGAGCGAGAACGUGUACGGGUUGACGUGUCCUGACAACUACGUGUUACCAGGACGAGGGCUGGGGGUGAGCUUACGUGUCACGUGUAUCAAGGGCAAGUGGUUAUACCCUGAUUGGAAGGGUCAUCUGCCUCUUACCUGUGAACCUUACUGCCUAAUUAGCUGCAGGAACGGAGGAAAGUGUGUGGAAGGUGAGAAGUGCCAGUGCCCCACAGGGUAUGAAGGCCACUACUGCCAGAUCAAGACGUGCCCAAAAUCAUACCCUAAGAUAGAACAUGCCUACUAUUCUGACAACGGGAUGGCACCGACUUCUCCCGACUACAAGAGAUACGUCGAGUGUGAGAGAGGAUGGACAUUGCCCAGUCAAACCAAAGGCAAGGUGGAGGUGCGGUGUACGGAGGGCCACUGGAUAAUGAUGAAUGAAAGACCAAGAGACAAUCAGAGACUCCACUGUAUACCGGCUCCCUGUGGCUCUGGGUGUGAGAACAAAGGCCAGUGUAUCAAGGGGAAGUGUGUGUGUCUGACAGGUACCUCAGGGGAGUUCUGUCAGAAGAGAAUGUGUCCAGAGAUGUUACCUGUUGUCAAGAACGUCUGGGUCGAUCGAAGUCGCUUCCCCAAGAUCUACCUAAGCUGUAUGAUGGGUUACGGCUUCAACAACAACCACACGGAAUUAGAGAUGACUUGCCUCACUCAACAUCAUCAAUGGGUGGUGGGGGGAACAGAGGGCAGCAACGAGACCUGUAACCCCUUAUGCCCGAUACCCUGCUGGAACGGGGGGCAGUGUUGGGCGCCUGGGGAGUGUCUCUGUCCCAAGGGUUACACGGGGAAGCAGUGUGAGGUGAAACUUGAGCUGGAGAACCAUUGCUACUUUCCUCUUCCUCAAGUGGAGUUCGCUGAGGUCUUCUGGGAGUGA